CAGAACCAAAAUAUUAGAUUGAAAACAAACAUGGCUCUCCAUAUUACCUUUCUUUGGAUAGUUUUAAUUGUGCUUCUCCAGAAUUCUGCAUUAGCUGAAGAUGGGGAAAUCAGAUCAAGCUGCCGUACAGCUCCGACUGACUUGGUUUUCAUCUUAGAUGGUUCCUACAGCGUUGGCCCAGAAAACUUCGAAAUAGUGAAAAAUUGGCUUGUCAAUAUCACAAACAACUUUGAGAUAGGACCAAAGUUUAUUCAAGUUGGAGUGGUCCAGUACAGUGACUACCCUGUGUUGGAGAUCCCCCUGGGAAGGUACGAUUCGGGAGAGGAUUUGAUGGCAGCGAUGCAGUCCAUACUCUACUUGGGAGGAAACACGAGGACUGGGAAGGCCAUCCAGUUCGCACUUGAUUACCUUUUUGCCAAGUCCUCACGAUUUCUAACUAAGAUCGCAGUGGUGCUCACAGAUGGGAAAUCCCAAGAUGAAGUGAAGGACGCAGCAGAAGCUGCGAGAGACAGUGGAAUAACAUUAUUUGCCAUCGGUGUUGGUUCAGAAACAGAAGAUGCAGAACUUAGAGCAAUUGCUAACAAGCCCUCCUCUACAUAUGUGUUUUAUGUAGAAGACUAUAUUGCAAUAUCCAAAAUCAGGGAAGUGAUGAAGCAGAAGCUGUGUGAAGAAUCUGUCUGUCCAACACGAAUUCCUGUGGCAGCUCGAGAUGAGAAAGGAUUUGAUAUACUUUUAGGUUUAGGUGUAAAGAAAAAGGUUAAGAAAAGAAUCCAACUUUCAGCAACAAAGAUAAAAGGAUAUGAAAUAACAUCAAAAGUUGAUUUGUCAGAAGUGACAAGCAAUGUGUUCCCAGAAGGUCUUCCUCCAUCGUAUGUAUUUGUUUCCACCCAGAGAUUUAAGGUCAAGAAGGUGUGGGAUUUAUGGAGAAUAUUAACUAUCCAUGGAAAGCCACAAAUAGCAGUUACCUUAAAUGGUGUGGACCAAACCUUAUCAUUUACAACAACUAGCAUAAUUAAUGGCUCACAAGUGGCCACAUUUACUGACCCUCAAGUUAAGACACUAUUUGAUGAAGGAUGGCAUCAAAUUCGUCUCUUAGUAACAGAGCAAGAUGUAACCCUGUUUAUUGAUGAUCAAGAAAUUGACAACAAGCCCUUACAUCCAGCUUUAGGGAUUUUCAUCAGUGGGCAAACCCAAAUUGGAAAAUACUCUGGGAAAGAAGAAACUGUUCAGUUUGAUGUCCAGAAGUUGCGGAUCUACUGUGAUCCAGAGCAGAACAACCGGGAGACAGCAUGUGAGAUACCUGGAUUUAAUGGAGAGUGUCUUAAUGGUCCCAGUGAUGUAGGAUCAACUCCAGCUCCCUGUAUCUGCCCUCCAGGAAAACCAGGGCUACAAGGCCCCAAGGGAGACCCUGGACUGCCUGGGAACCCCGGCUACCCUGGACAACCUGGUCAAGAUGGUAAGCCUGGAUAUCAGGGAAUCUCAGGAUCACCAGGUGUUCCAGGAUCUCCAGGAAUACAAGGAGUACGUGGACAACCAGGUUACAAAGGAGAACCAGGGAGAGAUGGACAAAAGUUUUGUUUUCAGGGUGACCGUGGACUUCCUGGUUUUCCUGGUCUUCAUGGGAUGCCAGGAUCAAAGGGUGAAAUGGGCCCCAAAGGUGAUAAAGGAUCACCUGGAUUUUAUGGCAAAAAGGGUGCAAAAGGUGAAAAGGGGAAUGCUGGUUUUCCUGGCCUUCCUGGACGUGCUGGAGAACCAGGAAGACAUGGAAAAGAUGGAUUAAUGGGUAGUCCUGGCUUCAAGGGAGAAGCAGGAUCCCCAGGCCUACCUGGCCAUGAUGGACCUCGGGGAGAGCCUGGAAUUCCAGGAUUUCCUGGAAGCCAAGGCUUAAUGGGACAGAAGGGAGAAAUUGGGCCUCCAGGACCACUGGGAAAAAAAGGAGCUCCAGGAAUGCCAGGUUUGAUGGGAAGCCGUGGCUCACCAGGCCAGCCUGGCACUGCAGGAUCUAAGGGGGGAAAAGGUGAACCUGGACUUCAAGGGCUCCCUGGGUCUGCUGGGCUCAAGGGAGAACCAGGAUCGAGAGGUCUUCCAGGAGAACCUGGAUACAUGGGUUUACCUGGGAUUCAAGGGAAAAAGGGGGACAAAGGAAAUCAAGGGGAAAAAGGCAUUCAGGGUCAAAAGGGAGAAACUGGAAGACAAGGAAUUCCGGGACAACAGGGAAUUCAAGGCCAUCAAGGUGCAAAAGGAGAGCGAGGUGAAAAAGGAGAACCUGGUAUUAGAGGUGCCACUGGACCAAAAGGAGAGUCUGGGAUGGAUGGCGUAAUGGGGCCUGCUGGUCCCCAGGGGCAGCCUGGGGAAGCAGGUCCUCAGGGACCUCCAGGAUCGGAUGGAAAGCCCGGCAGAGAAUUUUCAGAACAAUUUAUUCGGCAAGUUUGCACGGAUGUACUAAGAACUCAGCUACCAGUCUUCCUCCAGAGUGAGAGAAUUCAGAAUUGUGCUCACUGCCAGCUGCAACGUGGACCCCCUGGUAUCCCUGGGUCACCUGGUCCCACAGGCCCAGAAGGUCCCCGAGGAUUUCCGGGUUUGCCAGGGAGAGAUGGUGUUCCCGGAUUAAUGGGUACUCCCGGACGUCCAGGUGCCAGAGGGUUAAAAGGUCUCCCAGGAAAAAGUGGGGCAAAGGGAAGUCAAGGGUUUGGGUAUCCUGGAGAACAAGGUCCUCCUGGCCCCCCAGGUCCAGAGGGUCCUCCAGGAAUAAGCAAAGAAGGUCCUCCGGGAGACCCAGGGGUGCCCGGCAAAGAUGGAGAUCAUGGGAAGCCUGGGCUCCAAGGGCAGCCGGGCCCCCCUGGCAUCUGUGAUCCGUCUCUGUGUUUCAGUGUGAUUGUCGGAAGAGAUCCAUUCAGAAAAGGGCCAAACUACUAGUUUCUGUUGCCUCAUUCAGCGACCGAGGCAUGGUGCUUUUCUUUGUGGUCUUUUGCAUCUCAGGAAGAUAAAUAACAGUAAUCCCUUGAAGAAAAACUAAAGUACCUCGGUGUUUUUAUUUUUUUCCAUAAGGAAAAAAUAAAUAAAAGGUCACAUGUACUGAUUGUAAAGGCUCUUCAGUAAUUUGGAGCCUUGAGAUUAGUAGCAUUAAUUAAAUCUCAAGGGUUUCUUCAUUUUAAUCCAAGUUAAACAUAAAAAUCCACCUUGACAUGUUAGCUAGUUGAUUUCAGUCACUGUGAAAUGCUUCACAACCAGUCUCCAUGUAGUAGAGAUUAGAGUUCAAGUUCAUAUCUGGGUGUAUUUUCUGUUGCCUAGCUCAUAGCUCAUGUGUCUACAUUUCACAUAACAUAUCUGGACAUUGGAAUGAAGAUCAGGGUUGAUAUCAGGUGAAACAGAUGGGACAAUUGGGCUUCUGUAUCUGUAGGUGCUGCCACCACGGAUUCAAACAACUGCUGAUUUAAAAAAAAAAUUAGGUUGUGUCUUUGUGUACUGAGCACGUACAGACUUUUCUCUGGAUAUUAUUCCCUAAACAAUACAGUGUGCCUAUUUGCAUACCAUUUACAUUGCCUUAGGUACUGUAAGUCAUCCAGAGAUGAUUAUUUAAGUAUAUGGGAAGAUGUGCAUAGGUUAGCUGCAAGUGCUAUGCCAUUUUCUAGGGGGGUGUUAAACAUCUGCAGAUUUGCUUUUCCAAAGGUGGGGAGAGGUCAGCAGCAGCCUCCCUGUGACACUGAGGAACUACUGUGUAGCCUUAUGAGUCCCUUACUCCAGUGUCUGUGGCUGGAAUUAGUGGACUGCGUGCUGUUCAGUGUUUUCAAUAUCACCUCUGCAUACGAUUAGUGUGUUUGACAAUUUCAUCUGAAACUCUAAAAGGAUGAUUAUGGUAAGAAAGAAUAGCCAUUCCACGGAAGAUGUUAAAAUUAUCUAACAUUAAACAUGCUUUAGGAAAAAGUCUUAAUGUACGAUAUAUUCAAAAAAUGCAUGUUCAACAGUUCUAAAAACUUCAUACUUGCUAAAUAAUUGAACGUUGCUGUAUGCCUUCAUUUCAUUUCACUUAUUAUAUGUCUAUGUUCAUAUAUGUCAUCUUUCCAUUGUAGCAAAGCUAAUGGCGAUAAAUACUGUAUUUGAAAGGAAUAGUUAUUCCACAAAUCUUAGUAUGUUUUGUAUCUUCAGCAGACUAAAAUAUUAUGAACAGU